UUUGAAUUAGUGUCUUAAGCAUUUGUUCGAUUCAUAAUACCACUGGCUCUCUUUCAAAUCGGAGCUAUUAAAGUCAGUGUUUGUGUUUCUCGGAGAAAUUCGAAAGAAUAUCUGAGUCAAGUCGGUCUAUUUUUGAGACAACUAAUCAAUUGUAUUUCGGGAAAAAUUUUAAGUCUCAAAAUGUCGCACAUUACCCCAGCCCAUGCCAGGGACUCCCUUGUUCUGUCCAUCACCAAAUCCGCCGAGUCGGAUAGCACCAAGAUCGCCCUAUGCGCCUCGCUAGACUUGACCACCUGUCGUGCCGAAAAUUCCCAGCUGAAAGAGAAGCUGACCGAGUCCGAGGCCACGAUCCAGAGACUGAAGCGGCUGGUUACCAAGAUCGCCGAGAAGCAGGUCGUCAUCGUUGGCGAAUUGGUGGAGCUGCGCAGGAAGUGUCGCGCUGCUUCGGUAAUGCAGCCCGAGACACUGGACACAUCGACAUCGACCGUUGAAGAUGGUAUGCUGGAGUGGGAUGACUAUAUGCCAGAGUGGGAUUUGUUUCAGUUUUCACGUGCCGUGUCUCCGCUGGCCAGUUCCGCUUCGGCCGCAUCCGAGCUGGAUCUCCUUGAGGAGGACUCUGAACUACAUCCCAAUCCUAUUCCACCAUGGCGCCGCAAUGAGGGCGAGGAGGAGAUGGAGGAUGAAGACGAGGGUGGUGGGUGGGUGGGUGAUGAUGAGGAUGAUGACGAUGAUGAGCCCUUGUCGCAGAUCUCGCAGAUCUCGCAGCAGUUCAUGGAAGCCAACUGGGAUGUCGAUCGUGACGCCUAAUUCCAAGAGCAGUUUUACACACAAGUACUCUUUCGUCGUUCCAAUACAAAAACAGAGUUUUUAGAAG